AUGAGCAUUCCAAUUGAAGAUGAAUAUAUGGAUGACGAGACACUCAUCCAUCUCAUGAAAGACGGCAAAACCAAAAUUCAAAUAAUAGAUGUGCGAGGGAGCGAUCUAUCAGAUCGAAUGAUCCGUGGUGCUAUUAACAUUCCAAAUAGAGAUGGCUAUUUUGUUAGUAAAAUACCAGAAAUACUAGAAACAUAUCAUACAUAUGAUUACAUCGUCGUUCAUUGUAUGAGAUCUGUCGUGAGAGGCCCAAGUUGCGCACGAAAACUGAAAGAAAAGUUUGUGCUUUCGAAGUACUUUGCGACAAGCAAUUUGAAGAUUGUGAUAUUGUCUGGUGGGAUGAAAGGGUUCGUGUUGAAACACAAAGAAAAAGAGUUCUAUGACUACAUUCACUGA